AUGGCUCCCGCCAUCGAACACGACGAGCUGCGGCUGUACGCUCUCUGCACCAAAAAAUCAUGGUGGCAUGUGCCACACUUGAUCAAACUCAACUUGCUCCUCAUGAUUCCGUUCCUCACGAGUUAUGUUGGAGGAUUUGACGGCAGCAAUCUCAAUGGCCUUCAAACCCUCGAACAUUGGCAAGAAUACUUCAACCACCCUCGAGGUUCCAUGCUCGGCCUCAUGGUCAACAUGCAGGUUAUCGGGGGCGUGUUCUCUUUGCCUGUUGCUCCCUGGAUGGCCGACAAGUACGGACGAAGACACCCCAUUUUUCUCGGGUCCAUCAUCAUCAUCGUCGGCGCAGUGCUUCAGGGGUGUGCUUCUAAACUCGGAAUGUUCAUCGGCGGUCGUUUCUGUAUCGGCCUCGGCUCGGGUUUCGUUUCAACCGCUGCCCCUCCGCUCCUCGGAGAGCUGGCGUAUCCCUCGCAUCGAUCCAUCAUGACAUCCCUCUAUAAUACUACUUGGUAUGUGGGGGCCAUCGUUGCCGCCUGGUCCACGUAUGGCACCUUCAAGUUAUCGAGUGACUGGAGCUGGAGGAUCCCCUCGCUUCUGCAAGCUGCCGUCUCCAUCAUCCAGCUGCUGUUGAUCUAUCUUGUGCCCGAGAGUCCUAGGUGGCUCAUUGCGAACGACCGGACGCCUGAAGCCACCAAGAUUCUUUGCAAAUACCACAGCGGGACCGAGGAGCCGACUGAGCUCGUACUGCUCCAGGUCGCCCAGAUCGCUGGUGCCAUCGAGUUUGAGCGCUCAAGCGAGUCGGUAUCUUACCUCCAAUUCUUCCGAACUAGGGGGAACCGUCAUCGGCUGUUCGUCGUUGCCAGCUUCGGCUUCAUCAUCCAGUGGUGCGGUAACCAGCUCAUCUCGUCUUAUAUUGUUCUCGUUCUCACCGACAUCGGCACCACCGACCCCGAAACUCAGAAUCUAAUCAAUGGCGGUCUACAGCUUUUCAACUGGGCCGUUGCUUGCGGCUCAGCCCUUCUCGUCGAGCGUCUGGGCAGGCGGUUCUUGCUGCUUACGUCCACCAUCGGCAUGCUAUUCGCCUUCAUUAUUUGGACUAUCCUUGCAGCGCGCAAUCAACAGACAGAGGGAGGCAAUAAAGGCCUUGGUAUCGGAGUAGUGGUCAUGGUAUUCGUCUUCUACGCCUUUUACAACUUCGCCAUGAACCCUUUGCCUAUCGCCUAUUUACUCGAGGUGCUGCCAUAUACACUCCGUGCCAAAGGCCUCACCAUCUUUAACCUGGCGCAGUUUUGCAGCGGGAUUUUCAAUGGCUUUGCUAAUCCAGUAGCACUGAAAGCCCUUCGUUGGAAGUAUUACAUUGUCUUUGUUUGCGCCUUGGUGUUGUGGCUGGCCAUCAUCUACUUCACCUAUCCCGAGACGCGAGGGUUAUCGCUUGAAGAGGUCAGCCAGGUUUUUGAUGGUAAACAGGCACUUGACAGGGCAUAUGAGCUGAAGAGUGAGGGGCUUACUGAGAUUGUGGAGAAGACCACGACGAAUGGCAAGGAGUAA